CCACACAGCUGGCAGCAGAGAAAAAGCCCUGACCUGCGUCGCUAGACCCAGGCUAGAACACUUCGAUUCUGGGUGAAACACUUAAUCCUGAGCCUGAGUUUCCUUACCAUAAAAUUAUGAUUUUUUUUUUCUUGAUUAACCUCUCUCAAAUAAGAAAAUGAGUGGGAAAAUCCUCCAGACCCUGGAAACCACUAUGCCGAUGGAACUCUGGUUCUGACAUGUAGCAGAAGCUCCAUUGUACCAUUCAUUCAACAGCUGCUUCUGCAUGGCUACCAACACUGUGCUAUAUGCCAGAGACACAGAGAACAACAUUCUAGUCACCAUCCCAGCCUUAGCAAGCACACAGUCUGCUUCUAGCAAUUUAUUCCCGGGAAGUAAUUCCACAGAAUUUUCAGGAAGAUGAUUUUCAGAAUAUCUGCAGGAAGAUGAUAUCUGUAACAACAACAAUAAAAACUGGAAACAACCCAGCAGGAUGGUUUCAUAAAGUAUGCAUCCUAACAUACGGAUUUAAAAGAAUAUCCAGUCCACCCAUACCUAUACCCGGGCAGGGUCAGCCUUUGGAGGUGGUAUUUGGUUAGGAGGCGGCUGGUGGCCUGGCCCUGAGGAGGUAGCUAUUUGGAGGUUAAGACAAAGGGAUAUGUGAUGGUGAGAGGUCACAAAGGACAGUGGAGGAUAAAUGCAGUGGUGCAAGGAGGCUUAGGCAGAAGCCCUGUAGGGAGAUGGGCAGUGGCCUUCACUCCCUCUCUCAGGAACACGAUUUGUGGCUGGUGGAGCUAUCUUGAAAGAAGAGAACCAUGAGCAAUGAAUGUGUGUUACCUUAUUACACCGCCCACAGCUACCGUUCAAUGGGUGUGUUCAAUACCUCCAUGGGGGACCUGCAACGACAACUGUACAGAGGAGGAGAGUAUGACAUUUUCAAGUACGCACCAAUGUUUGAGAGCGACUUUAUCCAGAUCAGCAAAAAAGGAGAGGUGAUUGAUGUACACAACCGUGUCCGAAUGGUGACUGUGGGCAUCGCAUCUACCAGCCCUAUCCUCCCGCUGCCUGACGUCAUGCUGCUGGCCCGGCCAGCUAGAGUCUGUGAGGAGCAUGCCGGGUAUGGCCGGCCUACCAAGGGGAGAGGUCGCAAGGCCACAAAGACCUUAGAGCUCACCAGACUCCUCCCCUUGAAGUUUGUCAAGAUCUCCAUCCAUGACCGCGAGAAACAGCAGUUGCGCCUGAAACUUGCCACUGGCCGUACUUUCUACCUGCAAUUAUGUCCCUCCUCAGAUGCCCGAGAAGACCUCUUUUGCUAUUGGGAAAAGCUAGUUUAUCUCCUGAGACCACCAGUAGAGAGUUAUACCAGUACCCCAACCCUCCAAACUGGGGACCUAACAACCACAUCAUUGUGUUUGACAGAUGACGACAAAAGCACAACGACUGCAGAGCUCCGUGGAGAAGGGGAUCAGGAUGAGCUCAGGCUUCGCAAGCUCCGCGAGGUGUCUGGAGCCACCUCUUCUGCUUACGCUGGGGGGGAGGGAAUCCAACAAGCCUCCCACGGAACGGCAAUGGCAGGGGCAGCAGCGGUCCCCACAGCAGGAACGGUGAUGGCAGGGGCAGCAGCAGUCCCCACAGCAGGAGCCGCAAUGGCAGGGGCAGCAACAAGCCCCACAGCAGGUGUGGCAGCAGCGGGGACAGCAGGCCGUACAGCAAGCACUAUGAGCAUCGCAAUCACCAAAUCUUCAGGCCCAGUACAGGCAAGUGCGGCCCUGGCAGGAGUGGCCACCAAGGGUCCGGGAGAAAUGGGAUCCAGCAAGGCCAUGGCGGGUGCUACCAACAUGUCCUCAGAGGGUGUUAACGUGGUCUUAGUGGGUGCUGCAAGCACGUCCACACAUGGUAGUUCCACUGUAUCGACAGCGGCUACCAAUCUCUCCCCCGAGAGCAGCACAAGUGUGGUGUUUGCAGGAGUAGCCACUACCAACAAGCCUGUCACAGAAAGCACUAGACCACCCCUUGUCUCAACCUUGAAGAGCGAAGGCUACAUGAGUGAGCGGGAUGGAAGCCAGAGGGUCUCCCAGCCCAGCACUGAAGCCCGGAAGGAAAAAAAAGAAAGAGCAAAGAAGGACAAAAAUCCCACUAGGAAAAGUUCCCAUCACCGCAGGACAGGUGGGGGCAAGUCGAGCCGGAAAUCAUCCUCCCACCGGUCCUUAGCCAGCCGUAGAACCACGAGAGAGGACAAAAAAGAAAAAGGCCACAGCAGCAUAAAGGGCAAAGGACACAGGUCCUCCUCUCGCAAAAGUGCCAGCCACAGUCCCACCCCAAAGGAGUCUAGGACAACUCACAAACUGGGGCGGACCCGAUCUGCAACGAGCUCAACUUCUGUAGGUAAGAAAUCCAGCAGGAUUGGCUCUUUCUUCAAGAGCUUAAGAGCCAUCCCCGCUUCGAGAACAGUGAUGGCAUCCCACGACAGAGGGGUGGACAUCGUGGCCAAGACUGUGGAGAGGCGCAACAUUGAGGCCAAGAUGGAGAAAGCACAGGGUAGCCAGGACCUGGAGAUCACAGGUACCAUGACUUCUGAGACCACGGAGACGAUCAUCUUUGAAGCCAAAUCCAUUUAAAUAGGAGCCAGAGCAGGAAGCUGCAAUAGAUACCAGGGCUUGGGGAAGUAUCCCUAGGGAGCCAAUUCCAGCUUUUGUUACUGCAGUUUAAAUAAAUAAUAAAGCCAUACAAUGCCAAAUAAAAUGCUAUCUUGUUUGGAUUUUUAUGUCCCACAGCCUGGUAGUGACCUCACAGUGGUUUCUGUGAUGUCAACUGUGCUGCAGCCUGAGACCCCAGUCUUCAGUUAAUCAGAGUCUUAUCGCCUACCCACGCUCAGCAGAGCCAAUGUGGGUGCCUUUUCUGCCUUUGGCUCCCACCACCACCAUCAUCUCCAAAAUCCCAUUUCUUUCCCCUUCCCUGAAGGUCCCUGAAUGUGGAUGCUUACUCCAUAGAUGAAGCAAAGA